AUGGUUGGGUUGUCGUUGUCCCGAAGCGGCACGAUACUGCUGGCAUUGGCGAGUACUCUUUCGACAGGCGUUGAAGCGGUUUCGAUAUACGACCGGGCGACAGAUUAUAUAAGUGAGAGUGUUAAGUUGGUUAAAAGAGCAGCGACGGAUCCGGUGCUAUUUAAAUAUAGUGUGCUGCGAUAUGCAUUUUUCGUUAACCUCGAAAUCGGGUCGCGGGAGGACUCCGUCAAUGUCCGAUUAACAGACCAACCUUGGUUUUGGGUCGGGUCUAAGAAGCCAGCGAAUUGUAGUAGGGAGGAGAGCAGAGCCAAUUAUCUCCAGUGCGUCUAUGUAGACUGGUCUGGCCUUUACAGCCCCAACCGAUCCUCGACGUUUAGGAAUGUAUCUGAUGCAGUCCUAAGUUUAACGCAAUCAGAUAGUUCGAGGUUUACAAGAGGUUAUUACGGUACCGAUACCGUUAAAUUCGGAGAUUCGACACUGGAUAAUGUUUAUAUCGGUGUCGCGAAUAAUUUUACGCAAGCGCCCGAGAUGGGAAUCGGUGUCUAUGAUAAUGAUAGACAAACAUUUCCGAGUUUUAUGGAAUCUCUGCUUCAAGGAAGAGAGAUCAAGUCUUUGACACAUGGACUUUAUUUUAAUUGGUUUGAACGUAAUGAGAGUUACCUCACCUUUGGGUCCGUUGAUACCGCUAAAUACGACGGAAACCUCGUGACCUUUAACGCCUCCACCAACGGCGAAAUCACCGUUGUUAGACUUGUGGGCGCCUCUUUCGGAUCGCCCGGAGAAAUGGAAGAACUCAACCCAGUCCGAAACCUUCGUGCCAAUGUCGAAUUCAGCACAAGCCGAAUGUCACUUCCCGACGAUGUUAUCCCUACAAUAGUCGACCGGACGGGGGCCGUGUACGACGAUAACUGGGGCGGAUACCUCGUUGACUGCACAAUGCGAAAUUCCGAUCUGAGCUUUGAAUUCAGGUUUGAAGACGUCAACAUUACCGUCAAUGCCAACCAUUUUAUUCUACCGGCAUACGGUGUUUUGGGAUAUAGAUAUCAGUUAGCAGGAGAGGAUGCGUGUUCUUUACAGGUGAAUCCUAUGAGCAAAUACAGUAUUGCAACGAAUUUGGGUUAUGAAGCUGUACUCGGGACACCAUUUGCAAGACAUACCUAUUUGGUUCACGAUUAUACCAAUCGACAACUUAGCUUUGCGCCAGCUAAGUUUAACGUUACGGAGACCAAUAUCGUCGAGUUGGAUUCUAGGGGCGUAGCGCCAUUAUUCAGCGAGCUGCCGGAGCCAACACCAACAGCGCCACCAAUUAACACCGACCCACCAAGUCCCUCCCCAAGUGGAGAUUCCGGAGGAAGCAAAACCAACGUUGGCGCUAUCGCAGGUGGUGCAGUUGGUGGUGUAGCAGCGAUAGCUGGACUCGCGAUCCUGGCGUUCUUCAUGAUGAAACGGAGACGACAGCCUGUUUCUGACGAAACCCUUCCUGCCCCUCCACCGCCUAUGAUGCAUAACUCCAUGCCUGCUUCGCCGCAGGGUGGUCAGGCCGGGUAUAGCCAUGUACCAUACUAUGAUGUCACCAAGGGACAUGAGGGUGCCAGACCUGUUAGCGAGCUCGCUGGUGGGGAUUAUAAUUGGAAUAAUCCUGGGGCUCAAGUACCAGUUGCUCAAGGAAACACACAUCCGCAAUUUGGAGCGCCGUACCAAGGGAAUACAGGGUAUGUUAAUGAGGCACCUGGCAGUCAGACAUUUGCGCAUGAGAUGCCGGCACAAUAUAGGUAG